AUUUAGCCAAGUAGCAGGUCAUUUUCCAUGCUUCCCCAUUGUGAGAAUCGGUAUCAAACAAACAUCGUAAAACCAUUCCCCACGGCAAAAAUAUUUAAACCAACCCCGCAUCCCGAGGUUGUUUUUCCUCUUAAUAUAUUUACACACCCGCAAAUGUCUGUACUACUAUGCAUAUAUGUAAUGUACAUGACAGUAAGAUUUAAGUUUCCAUCGACCACUCAUUAGAAUCCUGUCAUCUCCUGCAGCGACAGCAACAUAGAUUCUUGGCGCGUACAACCUACUCAAUCGCAAACAUACUAACCCCCGCACGAAACCCGCGAUGCCCUCCUCCCCCCUCCCCAGCAUCCUCUGCCUCCACGGCUCAGGCACAUCCGCCGCCAUCUUCAAAAUCCAAACCAUCCGCCUCCGCCGCGAACUCCAACACCACUUCUCCUUCGUCUUCAUCGACGCCCCCUUCGAGACUGAGCCUGGCCCGGGUGUCCUGCCCGUCUUCGCUGAUGCCGGUCCCUACUUUACCUGGGUAGAUCUCGCUUCCCUACCCGCUUCGCAGCGCUCGCUCGCUAGCACGGAUGACACUGGGGGGAAGAAAUUAACGGCGCUGCAGAGGAGUAUCCUCCGCGGCCGCACGCAGCCGAUGCCGGCGCGCACGGUGGAAUUGCUGGAGAAGACGAUGCGCGAACAGGUUGAGCGGGAUGGGAGGGGGUUUGUGGGGAUCAUUGGCUUCUCUAUGGGGGGCAGGAUGGCGGCUGGGCUGCUUUUGGAGCAGCAGCUGCGCUUGAACUCUGGGAAUGCGGAUGGGAAUGGGGAUGCGAACGGGAAUGGGAACGGGAACGAGAACGGCGUCGAGGGGCAUGGGUUUAAAUUCGGAGUGUUCAUAUGCGCGACAUCGCCGCCGAUAACGAAACUACAUGAUCUCCUCGACCAUGAAAGUGGGGAUGGGAAGGGUGACAAAAUCGCGCUGCCUCAGAUCGAUAUCCCCACGCUACAUAUACUGGGUAACAAGGACCCUUGGGUGGACCCCGGGGAGCUAUUGGCUACUACUCACUUCAGUUCCGCGAAGAGAACGGUUCGCAGGCUAGAUAUGGGCCAUCAUCUCCCGGCCCAGCAGAAGGAUAAUAUGCAAUUGGUCGAGGGGAUAUUGGAUAUGGCGAAAGAGGUGGGGGUAUUAUAACAUGUUAGAUGGGCUUACACUGUUUUAGUUACCUCUAAUUUUUUCUUCCUUCCCCCCUCCCCCCUUGUCCCAUAGACGAUUCCCCAUUGUCAGGUGUGUGCGUUUUAAUGGUCGUAUAGAUCUCCUACUGCAGGCUGAGAGGGAUAUACUAGAGUUAAACUAGGCCUACGUACGGAGUACACCUGUAUAGAUUUGGGACGUUUGCAGAUAGAGGCUCGGGAUGAUGGACAAAGAAUGAGCAUUGUCAGGGCUAUGCUAUUGCAUCUUAUUUCGGGUAUUCUCCGAAUUUUUGUAUGACUAUCAUCAUUGACCUGCGACACAUCGGCUUAAAUCAACUUACCUAGCUAAAACUCCAGUAAAAUAGCUUAGAGGAAGUGAUGUACGGUUAUGUACUCAGUAAAAUGUUUUUG